CUGAAUGAAUCACACUUUUCCUGCGCGCACAAACUCUUCGGCUCCAUUUUUACGCACACGCUGUCCGAAGAAAAGCAUUGAUAAAACGCACUUGGUGACAGUUUCUGUCGUCGAUACCAUCAAGUGGCAGGUGUGACAACUCUCAGUUUGGUCAUCAUUUCUAAUCUUAAGGCAAUUAUUCCUCCUGGAGACGCUGUGGACACGCUGUGCCAAAAUGUUCUCUGAGUUUCCGUGGCGGAGCGCCUGUGCCUCGGUUCCAGCGCCAGAGCGGACUGAUUUCCUGCCUCUGGCUGUACAAAGCUCUCAUCAUUUCAGUGGAUUAUAACAGAGGGAAGGUUGUUAAAACUGCCUCUGGAACAAAAGUCACACUUGUUUCUGUCUCCUUGUUGUAUAUUUCAAAAACAAGACGAGAGGAAAACUAAAGAAGGAAACAUUUUUCAGCGGUUACGCGUUUUGGCACAACACCGCUCAGUGAUGGCGCGUCGGAUCUACGUCCUGCUGCUGCUGCUGCACCUGGCUGUGCUGCUGCUCAGUUUGGCAGCCGGGGUAGGUCGGAUAAGGAAGAAGGCGGUCAGGACCCGGUCUUGCCUGGAUCUGCCGGAGGAGAUCCUGGAGCAAAUGUUCGGACGGCUCUCGGUCGGAGUUCUGAGCGCUUUCCACCACGCCCUGCAGCUGGAACCGCAGCAGAAACUCAACCUGACCUGCCCGACCACCUCACGGUCCCUGACCGACAGCAAGACCCGCCUCCCGGUCAGCCUGCGUAGCAUCUCCCCCUGGACCUACAGGAUCUCCUACGACCCAGCCAGGUACCCCCGCUACAUCCCAGAGGCUUACUGCCUGUGUAAGGGCUGCCUGAUGGGUCCGUACGGAGAGGAGAGCACCCAGUACCGCAGCACCCCCGUCUACGCUCCCUCUGUCAUCCUGAGGAGAACGGGCUCCUGCAUCGGUGGCCGCCACUCCUACACUGAGAUCUACGUGUCCGUCGCUGUGGGAUGCACCUGUGUGCCACUGCUGGAGAAGGAGCGGAGCAGCCGCAACAGAAACCAGAGCCUGGUGAGAGCAGAACCCAAAACCAGACCGCUUGUCUCUGCCGGCAAGAGAGUGUGAAGGAAACCGAGCCGAGCUUCACUGCACCUGAUCCACUUUUGUUGGGUUUUCACUUUUCAUUCACUGGCAUUACAAACAACUUAACAUAUCACACCUGUAAAGCAGAAUCACUGAUAAUGACCAUAAAUAUAGUAAACGUUGUAUAGCUGGAUAAUGAAGGAUUUCAUCUACAUCUGAGGACUGUUUAUUGUCUUGGUUCUGACCCCCUUUGGACCUGAACUUGGAAUCAACUUGGACUUUACAAUUGUUUAAUGAUGCAAAAUUUAAAGUCCAAAUAACUGAAUCUGAAUGAACUGUAUUUACUUGACAGCCCAAACAACUGUAGA